AACACAGAUGUGCGUGGAUGCAGAUUGAUAAAAAUCCAAAUUUAAUUAGCACUAACAUUGUUCAAUCGCGAAAUUCAAAAAUGGAUUUAAUCUCAAAAGGCUGGUUCAGUGAAGUCCAAGACGAGUUAUGGCCUGGACAAUCAUUUUCUUUAAAAGUUAAAGAAGUUCUUCAUAAAGAGAAGUCCGAAUUUCAAGAUAUUCAAGUAGUUGAGACUGAGACAUAUGGAAGAUGCCUGAUACUGGAUGGAAUCAUUCAGUGCACUACCAGAGACGAGUUCUCCUACCAGGAAAUGAUAUCCUUCUUGCCACUUUGCUGUCAUUCGAACCCACAAAAGGUUUUGAUUGUUGGAGGCGGUGAUGGGGGCGUAGCACGCGAAGUGGUAAAGCAUCCACUAGUUAAGGAGGUCCACCAAGUGGAAAUUGACGACCGUGUUGUCCAGGUUUCUAAGAAGUACUUGCCUUCUAUGGCAUGUGGAUUUGACAGUGAGAAGCUAGUUUUAACUAUUGGCGAUGGAUUUGAGUAUAUGAAAAAUCAUAAAAAUGAAUUUGAUGUAAUCAUAACUGACAGCUCGGACCCAGUUGGACCUGCCGUAAGCUUGUUCCAUGAAAGCUAUUUCGGAUUGUUGAAACAAGCCCUGAAAGAAGGCGGCGUUGUAUGCUCUCAAGCGGGCAGCUUUUGGCUAGACUUCGACUAUGUCAAGAAAACAAUGAAGGGCUGUGCUCUGCACUUUCCAAAAGUGGGCUAUGCUGUCACUUCAGUCCCAUCUUACCCAUGUGGCCAUAUUGGCUUUAUUAUAGGCUCCCUGGAUGCAAGCCGAAAGCUCGAAAAACCAGCAAAGAGAUUUGAGAAAUCUGAAAGUGACGCUCUCAAUUUGAAGUACUAUUCAAGUGAUGUCCAUGAGGCUGCCUUUACAUUGCCUCGAUGGGUUGAGAAACACUUUUACGAGUGAAUGCUUUUCGAGUGUAUGUUGCAUAGACCAAAUUUGAUGAAUUAAUCACAUUCCAAUAAAUAUAAGUUUUAA